UUCGCGUUGGAUAACUUCUCCGACAACGCCACCGCCACCGCCACCGACACCACCCUUAUAUUUCCUCAAAAUCAUUUCUUGAUUUUCUUCAUUUCAUGCCAACCUUAUUUCUUCCACCAAUCACCUCAUCAAUCAUCUCCCAUCAUUGAAGAAAUAAUCCCCUUUUAUCCAAUUCAUAAUUUCGUCGCAUGCAUAUAGAUAUAUCGGCCUAUUGUGGCAUGUUUACACCAACAUUAUUUGAAGAUAUAUAUACACUUCUUUUAAAUCUCAUUAGGCAAAGGAGGAAUCCUUUUUGACAUAUUGGUGGUGCUUUGUCCUACAUUGUGCUUCAUAUCCUACGAUUUCUGAGAUGGGAACAAAAAUGAAGGGAAUAUAUAAAGGAUUCAAAUACGGCAUCACCCAAAUGUUUGCAGUGAAGGAACCAGAAAUGGAAAUUGGGGGUCCCACUGAUGUCAAACAUGUAGCACAUAUAGGGAUGGAUGGCUCCUCCGGAAAUGCACCCUCUUGGAUGAAUGAAUACAAGACGGAGAAUGAUCUUGCAACGACAUCAAUUGGUAAUUCUGCCUCUGGUUCUGGAUCAACCGGCAUGUCUCCGUGGUCAUCCCGAGAGUUUGGCGAUUCCGUAAGGCACGAUGAGAACUCGACGGAGGUUGCUCCUGUGAAGAAGAAGGAGAGGAGGAAGAAGCCAAGAUCGAAUAACGUUAACUCUCCAAAAUCAUCGAACGGCUCUUGUUCAUCAAGGCCUUCAAGGCAAGGAAAGCAAAAAACCAAAUUCAAGGAAAACAAUGCAAAAACAACAAACAUCCAAGUUGUGUAGAAUUAAAACUUGAAAAUUUCUUCCAUUUUCUCCACUUCUUCAAUAAGGGGACUUCUUGUUUUGUUCCUACACUGGAGAGUUAAUUAAUAUCCAAUUGAUGUUGUAGGAAA